AGUUUUUUACCUCAAUUCACUAUUAGGCUACUGUUCAAUGAGAUUAAAUGUGUGUGACGUCAUUUCUGUCAAUGGAGUAAUCUUCCUCUCAUUUAUACACGCAGCUGUGGGGCGGGAAACUGGCCUAUAUGUAAAAGUAUAUAAAAUAUUACUUUUUCGAAAUAAUAAGAGUGUCCAAACGCACUUUUUACACUUCAAGGAUUAAACUCACCGCUGAAUUGAGUUACAUUUGUUUCAGGUAGCAAGCGUACCAUGAAGUGGAUUCAAGACGUGGAUGACGCGUAGAUUGACACAAUCGCGCGCAGCAGAUAGACGCGCAGACACAAACACAAAAAUCAAACGCACACGAAAUCAUAACAAAGAGAAAUACAUCACCUAGGUCCUAGGCAACUGUUUUAUUAAAUAAAAGUAGUUAGGAGUUGACAAUUCUUGUACGCGUGUUUGAUUCUUAUAAUUUAAUUUUACACGGUGAUGUCCAGGGGACGUUCAGCGGACGUUCUAGGAACCUUUUUAGUUAGCUGGGAUAACAUUUGCCACAAACUAUAGUCCACGCAGUGAAUCACGGCCUGUGCUGUUCAGAAUUGUUAUACUGAUCGAUAACAUACUUUACGUGCAUCUGUGUACAUUUUUGGCGAUAUUGUAAAGUGCGCGGAUAUUUAAUCUCGACUGCGCCCCUACAUUUAAACAAUCAAAGAAUUUAUGCAAUGACAUGAGUCUAGUGUUGAGUGUGAUGUGUCUCCAGUCCAGCAGGAGUCGCUCUGCAGCUCUUCAGUCCGCCGAUAAACACACUAAAGAAAGAAAGAAAGACAAACAUCAAGCGCUGCGUGUUUACAUCCCUCAGAUUUUCACGUGCUUUCUGUGUGUAUUUCGUGAUCAAACCUCCACACCAGACCACUGAACAUGUGUUCUGUCACACUGAUGGACUGCAGCAAACUGAUGGAGAUAAAAACAGAACCCACAGUAAAGGAAGAACAGACUGAUGAAGAUGACAAUCAUGAUGAUUUUGUUCCUUCAGUUGAAAUGGUGAAUGACAAGAACCUGGAGAUAAAAACAGAACCCAAAUCUGAGGAAGAACAGACUGAUGAAGACAUCGGGAACAUGAUGGAGGCAGAGAUAGAACCCACUGCAGAGGAACUUUACACUGAUGAAGAUGACAAGCAUGAUGACGAUUUCAUUCCUUCAGAUGGGAGCGGUGAUUCAUGUGGAGAUGAAGAAACGGCCUCUACAUCAAAAAACACAAAACAGAAACUCUUCACCUGCAGCAGAUGUGACAUCAGCUUUCCUACCUUACAAGAGAAGAAACUUCAUUCACAAGAGCACAGAGACAAGAAACACUUUCACUGUCAGCAGUGUGGGAGAGCUUGUGUCUCCGCUUCCAGUCUGAAGAUUCACAUGAGGAAACACACUGGAGAAAAACCUUUCCACUGCAGUGAAUGUAACAAAUAUUUCAGCAGCAAACAAUAUCUUUAUACUCAUCGGAGAACUCACACAGGAGAAAAACCGUACGCUUGUCCUCAUUGUGAGAAGAGAUUCAACCACAGACCUCAUCUGAAGAAACACAUGCUCGUCCACACCAAUGAGAGACCGUAUGAGUGCAGUGAAUGUGGAAAAACCUUUAGACAGUCACAUGGUCUAAAGUCACAUCAAACAACACACUCUGUGGAGAAACUCUAUCAGUGUUCACACUGUGAUAAAUGUUUCCGUCAGAAAGCUCAGCUGAUAACUCAUGAGAGAGUUCACACUGGAGAGAAACCUUAUCACUGCUCUUACUGUGGUAAUAACUUUUCUGACCAUAGUACUUUCAGGGUUCAUCAGAGAAUUCACACUGGAGAAAGACCUUAUGAGUGCAGUCUUUGUGGGAAGAGAUUUAAUCGUCAUCGCCAUUUAGUGAGACACAAAAAAGUUCACACUGGAGAAAAACCUCAUCUCUGUAAUGUUUGUGGGAAGCGUUUCACUGAGCAAACUGCUCUACUGAAUCAUCAGAGAACUCACACAGGUGAAAGACCCUUCAAGUGUUCUCAGUGUGACAAGACGUUUGCUUAUGCAGAUGUUUUGAGAACCCAUCAGAGAGUUCACAGUGGAGAGAAACCUUAUCACUGCUCCAUCUGUGGAAAGAACUUUACCGAUCAUAGUACUUUUAGGGUUCAUCUGAGAAUUCACACUGAAGAGAAACCUUAUCAAUGCUCCGUCUGCGGCGAGAGAUUCACUUAUUUAAGAAGUUUUCGGACUCAUCAGAAGAAACAUGUUGAAGAACAAACUGAUCUAAACUCAAACCAAACAACACAUACUGAGGAGAAACUCUAUGAGUGUUCACGCUGUGAUAAACGUUUUGUUAAAAAAUCUUACUUGGUACGUCAUGAGAGAGUUCACACUGGAGAGAAACCUUACCUCUGCUCUCACUGCGGAAAAAGCUUUGCCGAUCAUAGUACUUUUAAAGUUCAUCAGAGAAUUCACACUGGAGAGAAACCUUAUGAGUGCAGUGUUUGUGGGAAGAGGUUUAACCGUCAUCACCAUUUACUGAGACACAAGAGAGUUCACACUGGAGAAAAACCUCAUCAGUGCAGUGUUUGUGAGAAGAGUUUCACUCAACAAACUACCCUAUUGAAUCAUCAGAGACUUCAUACAGGUGAAAGGCUUUAUAAAUGUUCUCAGUGUGACAAGACGUUUAUUUAUUCAGGUAGCUUGAGAAUCCAUGAGAGAGUUCAUACCGGAGAGAAACCUUAUCACUGCUCCAUCUGUGAUGAGAGAUUUGCUUAUUUAAGGCGUUUACAGGCUCAUCAAAAGAAACAUGCUGAAGAACAAACUGCACUGGAAUCAACCGAGUGUGGUCUAGAUUUGUAUUUUUAUGUUAAGAUGUUACCGAUGACGUCACAGAUGUGCUGUAAAUCAGUGGGAACUGAUCUGUCCAUGCUGGAUAUUGAUGAUUUCAUCACAGAAAUCUGUCAGCUGAAGAAAGAGGUGAAGUUACUGGAGGAAAAGCUGAGGACAAGAGGAGAUGAACUCAACACAGAGAUUGUGGUAAAGGUCGAGUCAAACCCCACAGACGCUCAGGACACUGUGUGUGACAGUAAUCACACCUUGAAUCAGGAUGAAUCUACUGAUCAAACCUCCACAGAGUCUCUGGAUUCUGUCUGUAACGCUGGAGAACAGCAGAUCCUGAACACCAGACCACUGAACAUGUGUUCUGUCACACUGAUGGACUGCAGGAAACUGAUGGAGAUGAGAAGACAAACCACAGUAAAGGAAGAACAGACUGAUGAAGAUCAAGCUUUGUUUUCUUCACCUAAACUGAUGAACAGCGGGAACAUGAUGGAGAUAAAACCUGAACCCAAGCCUGAAGAGGAAGAACAGACUGAUGAAGUUGAGAAUCAAGAUGAUUUUGUUCCUUCGGUCAAACUGGUGAGUGGUGAGAACCUGGAGAUAAAAACAGAAGAAACGUCAGACAAAGAUCAGACUGGUGAAGAUGAGAAUAAUGGUGGUGAUGGUUUAAUCCCUACAGAUGAGAGCGGUGAUUCAUGUGGUGAUGGAGAAACGGCCUCUACAUCAAAACAGCGACUGACAGCACAAACUCUUUCCUGCAUCACCUGUGGAAAGACAUUCAGUUCACAGAGACGUUUAGAGACACAUGAGAGAAAACACACAGAACAGAAACUCUUCACCUGCAGGAGAUGUGACAUCAGCUUUCCUACCUUACAAGAGAAGAAACUUCAUUCACAAGAGCACAGAGACAAGAAACACUUUCACUGUCAGCAGUGUGGGAAGAGUUUUGGCUCAUCUUUUAAUCUGAACGUUCACAUGAGGACACACACUGGAGAAAAACCUUUCCACUGCAGUGAAUGUGACAAAUAUUUCAGCAGCAAAAGAAAUCUGGCUGCUCAUCAGAGAAUUCACGAGAGAGAAACCCUGUACAAGUCUCCUCACUGUAAGAAGAGAUUUGACCAAUUAUAUGAUGUUAAAAAACACAUGCGUUCACACAAAGAGCAGAGACCAUUUCUGUGCAAUGAAUGUGGAAAAACCUUUAGAAAAUUAAGUUAUUUACAAAGACACCAAAGAACACACACCAAGGAGAAACUCUAUCAGUGUUCACAGUGCGAUAAAGGUUUCCAUCAGAAAAAUAAUCUGAUAUACCAUGAGAGAGUUCACACUGGAGAGAGACCUUACCUCUGCUCUCACUGUGGGAAGAGCUUUACUCAGCCAAGUUCAUUAAUAGUUCAUGAGAGAAUUCACACUGGAGAGAAACCUCAUCACUGCAGUGUUUGUGGGAAGAGUUUCAUCGCAUAUGUUACUCUACAAAUCCACCAGAGAACUCACACAGGUGAAAGACCUUACAAAUGUUCUCAGUGUGACAAGACGUUUGCUCGAUUAGAUGGAUUGAAAACCCAUGAGAGAGUUCACACUGGAGAGAAACCUUAUCACUGCUCCAUCUGUGGAGAGAGAUUCACUUUUUCAAGGAGUUUGCGGAUUCAUAGGAAGAAACAUGCUGAAGAACAAACUUCAGAGGAAUCAUCAUAGCAUUUCAAUCUUUUUAAAAGACACGUUAAAUGCAAUCUCAUUUUUGUGUGUAAUGUUGCUGUUAUAGCAUAAAUAAUACCUGCUAAAUGAUUAAGCUCAAAGUUCAAGUUUCAUUUCCCUCUCCAAAGUAGAAAAAAACGUGAUCUCUAACAAAGAUUGACGUUUGUGUAUGCACUAGCAGACCUUCGUUACACUUCGAUGGAUCGCAAUGUUUUUAACUGAUGAUGUGAAGUUGACGCCAUUGUUACUGUUGAUUGCUACAAGCCAAAGCGUAUGAAUACACCUGCACUGAGAGGGGACCGACCAAUCACAACUGUGUGUGGAGCAGAACUUGCUAAUAUGGUAUGAAUGGGACAUCUUCACACACAAACGCUCUAAUCGGGGAACCAAUCAUGGCAAACCUGGUCAGCUUUACAAAUAUCACCUUAAAAGGGACAGAUGACCCAAUUAUCAAGACCUGUCAUCAUUUAUACAUCGUCAUGAUAUUUUUAGAAAUGCCUCAGAACCAACCGCUUUGUGUCCGAUGGCUCUUUUAAAAUCAUAUUAUUAAGUUAAACAACAAAUGUUAGUCACACUUUUUUGUUAUAGCAUUUUAACAAAUGUUCUAGGAAAUAAUUUACAGGUUGUGUGCCGAUCCUGGCGAAGAAGUCCAGGGCCAAUUUAGUCCUGGUCAACCCCUGCUUAUGAAGGUUAUUCAUAAGGAGGUUAUUGUAAUGAGCUAAUCUUUGGGAAAGAACUGUAAUAAUAUUAAUUUUAUUAGUAAUUUGUUAUAUAAUGUGUUACUAGCCUACACUGGUUGACUGUGUGUUAUAUUAAAAGUCUUAUUUUUUAAGAGUUGAAAUAAACAGGGACUUUAAUAUGCA